AUGCUACAGUGGCUCGCGAUUCGUUGCCUGGUUUUUAGGCUCAUCCACCUGUAUCUAGCACUGCAGCCGUUCUGCAUCCAGAUUGGCAGAGUUCAGCGCCUCCCCUCCAGAGAUCACACAGAUGAGCGACAGCGUCAAAAGUGCCCAGUCGCUUUCGUUGCUCCACCGUCAAGCGCCCUCUUUGCGAAACAUGUCGCUAGCUCGUGUGCCAUCAUCAACGCCCGAGUCGUUCAACAUCUCAAGCUCAAGCAGUCAUACGUGGCCGCCAAAUUUUGA